GACACGUACCGAGGGUGGGAGGGUGGUCGGCACGCUGGAAUAGCUCGAGACCAAGUCCGCGCUCAGGGAAUAUAUAGUGGGCCCUGCGGCUUAUGUGGGUCUCCGGAUACUCCAACAAUGGCGAAUCUGAAUAUCCAAGGCAAGGUCCUCACCCCAGCGUCAGGCGAGGCCUACACCACCGCGCUCACGCGCCUCUCAGAACUGUCGCAGCUGCCCGCAGGCUACAUCGUGCAGCCAUCAAACUAUGCCGACGUCGCUGCCGCAGUCAAGUUCGCGCAGGCACAGAGCCCGCCCUUCGAGAUCGCCGUCAAGGGUGGCGGCGCGCACAGCGCGACGUGGGCAAGCUCCUCGGGCGGGGUCGUGAUUGAUCUCGGCACGCUGCGGCACGUCGCGGUGGCGCCCGACCGGCAGAGCAUCGUCGUGCAGGGCGGCGCGCUCUGGGGCGAUGUAUACGAGGUGACCGCGAAAGAGGGCCUCGACGUUGCCGGCGGGUCGCUGUGGUUCGUCGGCGUCGGCGGGUUACGACCGGCGGUGGUCGUCCUCGCAGACGGGCGCAUCGUGAAGACGAGCAAGGACGAGGAGCCGGACUUGUUCUGGGCCAUCCGCGGGGGGAGCGGGAAGUUUGGUGUUGUUGUGGAGUUUGUCUUCAAGCUUCAAGGCCUAUCCAUCUCAGGGUCCCAGUCAUCAACCACCCCCUGA